AUGGUCCCGUCAGGGGAGCCCUGCACUGAGCUGGGGGUCUGGAACCAGACGGAGCCGGCGCCCACCGCCCACCGCCUGCUGAGCGCAUGCCUGCUGAGAGCGCUGGGGGUCUGGGCGCCGCCCCUGUACCUCUGGGUCCUCGGCCCCGCCCACCUCCUCCUCCUCCUCCGCCAGCGCCAGCCCAGCUACCUGCGCAUGUCACCCCUCUUCAAGGCCAAAAUGGUGCUGGGGUUCACCCUCAUCCUCUUGUGGGCAUUUAAUGUGGUUGUGCCGCUGUGGAAAACCCAAUGGGGAAGACCCCAGGCCCCGGAAUCCCUCAUCCACCCAACGGUGUGGCUGGCCACCGUGACCUUUGCCGUGUUCCUGAUUCACGUGGAGAGGAGGAAGGGAGUCCGGGCGUCCGGGGUGCUGUUUGGGUACUGGUUACUAUGUUGUCUCCUACCCAUCAUUGAUGCUGCCCAGAAUGCUUCAAGAGGGGACUUCCAGAGCGACCCCCUCCCCCACCUGGCCACCUACCUGUGCUUGUUGCUGGUGGGGGCAGAGUUCGCGCUGGCCUGCCUGGUGGACUGGCCCCCCUUCUUCCCGAAAGACCCCCAGCAACCGAAUCCCUGUCCUGAAGCCGGGGCUUCCUACCCCUCCAAGGCCCUGUUCUGGUGGGCUUCUGGAAAUCCUUCUAUUUCCCCCCUAGUGGAAAUGGGGGUGCCGGCGGUGCACGAGGGGGCUCGAAUUCCCAUGCCACCCUCUCUGCCGCCCCUGGCAGCCGCCACGGCCCCGCCACACCACCGCGUGUCUCCCUGGGGCUCCAGGAGGAGGGACGGCCAGGCUCGGGCCGCGCUGCCCGCUGGGGGCAGGGUGGGGAGUGGGGACCCCUCUGGGGUGACGGGCCUGGAGUGUGCCGCCGAGAAGUUUGAACGUGAAGGAGGCAGCCUCCCGGAGGCUCCGGAGACAGAGGCCCUCCUGCUGCGGGAGCGCGGCGGGCAGGGGCCGCUGCUCAGGGCCAUCUGGCGGGUGUUUCGCGGAACCUUCCUCCUGGGGACCCUCAGCCUGGUGCUCAGCGACUGCUUCAGGUUCACCAGCCCCAAGCUGCUCAGCCUGUUUCUGGAGUUCAUGAGUGACCCCGAGCCCCCGGCCUGGCAGGGCUCGCUCCUGGCCGCGCUCAUCCUCCUCUCCGCCUGCCUGCAGACGCUGUUUGAGCAGCGGUUCAUGUACUGCAUGAAGCUGCUACAGAUGCGGCUGCGCACGGCCAUCACAGGCCUGGUGUACAGGAAGGUGCUGGCCCUGUCCAGCGUCUCCAGGAAAGGCCGCUCGGUGGGGGACGUGGUGAACCUGGUGGCGGUGGACGUGCAGCGGCUGAGCGAGAGCGUCCUCUACCUGAACGGGCUGUGGCUGCCGCUGCUCUGGAUCGUGGUCUGCUUUGUCUACCUGUGGCAGCUCCUGGGACCCUCUGCCCUCACCGCCAUCGCUGUCUUCCUGAUCCUCCUACCCCUGAACUUCUUCAUCGCCAAGAAGCGCAGCCACCAUCAGGAGGAGCAGAUGAGGCAGAAGGACGCACGCGCGCGGCUCACCAGCGCCGUCCUGAGCACGGUGCGGACCAUCAAGGCGCACGGCUGGGAGGAGGCGCUGGCCGAGCGGCUGCUGCGCCUGCGCGCCCGCGAGCUGGGCGCCCUGCGCACGUCCGCGCUGCUCUUCUCCGUGUCCCUGGUGUCCUUCCAGCUCUCCACGUUUCUGGUGGCCCUGGCCGUGUUUGCCGUGCACACGCUGGUGGCCGAGGACAGCGCCAUGGACGCGGAGAAGGCCUUCGUGACCCUCACGGUGCUGGGCGUCCUCAACAAGGCCCAGGCCUUCCUGCCCUUCUCGGCCCACUGCAUCGUCCAGGCCCGCGUGUCCUUGGGCCGCCUGGCUGCCUUUCUCUGCCUGGAAGAGAUCGAGCCUCUCGCCGUCGACGCGAGUCCUCCCAAGAGCUCCGCCCGGAAGGACUGCAUCGUCGUACACAAUGGCAGCUUCACCUGGUCCCGGGAGAGCCCAGCCUGCCUGCACAGGAUCCACCUCUCCGUGCCCCAGGGCUGCCUGCUGGCUGUGGUGGGGGCUGUAGGGGCGGGGAAGUCCUCCCUGCUCUCUGGCCUCCUGGGGGAGCUGAAGAAGAUAGAUGGGUCGGUGAGCAUCAAGGGCCCCGUGGCGUACGUGCCCCAGGAGGCCUGGGUCCAGAGCACCUCUGUCCUAGAGAACGUGACCUUCGGGAAGGAGCUGGACCUGCCGUGGCUAGAGACGGUUCUAGAAGCCUGUGCCCUGGGGCCGGACCUGAGCAGGUUCCCGGAUGGAGUCCACACCUUGAUCGGGGAGCAGGGCAUGGACCUGUCAGGGGGCCAGAAGCAGCGGCUGAGCCUGGCCCGGGCUGUGUACAGGAAAGCCGCCGUGUACCUGCUCGAUGACCCCUUAGCCGCCCUGGAUGCCCACAUCAGCCAGCACGUCUUCACCCAGGUCAUCGGGCCCGGCGGGCUGCUUCAGGGAACCACCAGGGUGCUGGUGACCCACGCACUCCACGUCCUGCCCCAGGCUGAUCAGAUCGUGGUGCUGGCGGGCGGGGCCAUCGCAGAGAUGGGCUCCUAUAAGGAGCUUCUGCAGAGGAACGGCGCCCUGGUGGACUUGCUGGAUGGAGCCAGACAGCCUGGGGGCGGAGACGGCAGCGCGGGAGGACGAGAUACGGACCCCCCUGUGGCCAGUGCUGGUGACCCUGGAAGCUGCUCUAGAGUCCAGGGACCCGAGCACAGACCCGAGAGGUACACGUCAGCGCCCGCGGGGGUCAGCACCCACUCGGAAGGCCCAGCGGGGACCUGUCUAGAUGACCCGCAGGGGGCCAGGGGGCCGGGAGGAGAGGCCAGCACGCAGUAUGGACGGGUGAAGGCUGCCACCUUCCUGGCAUACCUGCGGGCCAUGGGCACGCCGCUGGGCCUCUACACCCUCUUCCUCUUCUUCAGCCAGCAAGUGGCCUCCUUCUGCCAGGGCUACUGGCUGAGUCUGUGGGCAGACGAUCCGGUGGUGGACGGGCGGCAGACGCAGGCCGCCUUGCGCGGCUCUGUCUUUGGGGUCCUCGGCUGUCUCCAAGCCAUCGGGCUGUUUGCCUCCAUGGCGGCCGUGCUCCUGGGAGGGAUCCGGGCUUAGGCUCUCUUCCGCUCGCUCCUUUGGGACGUGGUGCGUGCUCCCAUUGUCUUCUUCGAGCGGACGCCCCUCGGGCACCUUCUGAACCGCUUCUCCAAGGAGACGGACACGGUGGACGUGGACAUCCCAGACAAGCUCCGGUCCCUGCUCACGUUCGCCUUCGAGCUCCUGGAGGUCGGCCUGGCCGUGUCCAUGGCCACGCCGCUCGCCAUCGUGGCCAUCCUGCCUCUGAUGGUCCUCUAUGCAGGCUUCCAGAGCCUGUACGUGGCCACCGCGUGCCAGCUGCGGCGUCUGGAGUCGGCCAGCUACUCCUCCGUGUGCUCCCACCUGGCCGAGACGUUCCAGGGCAGCGCCGUGCUCCGGGCGUUCGGAGCCCAGGGCCCCUGCGUGGCGCGGAGCGACGCGCUCGUGGACGCGAACCAGAGGGUCAGUUUCCCACGACUGGUGGCUGACAGGUGGCUGGCGGCGAACCUCGAGUUCCUGGGGAAUGGUCUGGUGUUCGUGGCCGCCGUGUGUGCAGUGCUGGGCAAGGACCACCUCCGUGCCGGCCUGGUGGGCUUCUCCAUCUCCGCCGCCCUCCAGGUGACCCAGACACUGCAGUGGGUGGUUCGCAGCUGGACGGACCUGGAGAACAGCAUGGUGGCUGUGGAGCGUGUGCAGGAUUACGCCCGCACCCCCAAGGAGGCGCCCUGGAGGCUGCCCACGUGUGCGGCUGGGCACCCCUGGCCCAGUGAAGGGAGGAUCGAGUUCCGGGGCUUCGGGCUGAGACACCGCGCCGACCUCCCGCUGGCGGUGCAGGGCGUGACGCUGACCAUUGAGGCUGGGGAAAAGGUGGGCAUCGUGGGCAGGACGGGGGCCGGGAAGUCCUCGCUGGCCGGAGGCCUGCUGCGGCUCCAGGAGGCGGCGGAGGGCGGGGUGUGGAUCGACGGCGUCCCCAUCGCGCGCGUGGGGCUGCACACGCUGAGGCGCAGGAUCACCAUCAUCCCGCAGGACCCCAUCCUGCUCCCCGGCUCCCUGCGCGCGAACCUGGACCUGAGGCAGGAGCACACGGACGAGGCCCUCUGGGCGGCGCUGGAGACCGUGCAGCUCAAGGCCUUCGUGGCGGCGCUGCCCGGCCAGCUGCAGUACGAGUGUGCCGACAGGGGCGACGACCUGAGCGUGGGGCAGAAGCAGCUGCUGUGCCUGGCGCGCGCCCUGCUCCGGAAAACCCAGAUCCUCAUCCUGGAUGAGGCCACGGCGGCCGUGGACCUGGGCACCGAGCUGCGCAUGCAGGCAGCCCUCGGGCGCUGGUUCGCGCACUGCACGGUGCUGCUCAUCGCGCACCGCCUGCGCUCCGUGAUGGACUGCAGCAGGGUGCUGGUGAUGGACAAGGGGCAGGUGGUGGAGUGUGGCAGCCCGGCCCAGCUGCUGGCCCAGAAAGGCCUGUUCUACAGACUCGCCCAGGAGUCAGGGCUGGUUUGAGCCGAGCCUGGACAUGCCGGAGACCAGGCGGGUCCCGUGGGGGGUCACAAGUGGGCUCUUUUCUGGGCGGAAGAUG